UACAAGGGGACACUCAAGGUCACUUCAGCGUUGCUAAAUGGUUGUUCAUAAAUUAUAGUUUUACAAAAAUUUGGGUAAAACAGCACAAAAGUCCCGAAAUUACCCCUUCAAUCGUGGUCUAAGUCAACUCCUAGGCCCUUCGAACGAAGUAAUAAUUAUUACUAAUUACCGCUGAUGUGCAAUGUAAAACCGUCUCAAUAUAACGGCUUAUUAUCAAUGCUUGGACCCAAUUUUAGAUAUUCCCUCCAAGUGUAUUAAUGGAUAACUUUGGAUUUUAUGCUGUCGUUGUUGUGACCGUUGUGUUGUGUACAACUUUCAAUAAAUUGAAGCGAAUUUUACUUAAACAUCUACAAAAGAUUCGUAGUAUUAGUGCUGAGUGCGAACUACAACGUUCUAAUCAUGAAGACCUUUUAGCAGUAAUCAAUCGAAGUGAUAUCAAAGUAUCUAUAUUUUACGGAUCUCAAACAGGGACUGCUAAAAAAUUUGCUAUUAAUCUUGGUCAUCAUCUUCACAACUGCGGCGUACGUAACUUGGUGGUGGAUUUGAGACAAACAAACAUGGACAUAUUAGUAAAUUUGUCUAUGCUGGACACCUGCGUAGCAUUGUUCGUUGUUGCAACUUAUGGUGAAGGUGAACCAACAGAUAGUGCUCGACAUUUUAUGGAUAAUCUGAAGAAUUCUUACCAGAAGUUGGAUAAUUUACGCUUUGCGGUUUUCGGAUUGGGCAACAGUAUGUAUACAUAUUUCAAUGCUGUUGGAAAGUCAAUCGACCGUUUGCUUACCAAACAUGGAGGUAAACGUUUACAAGCACUGACUUUGGGAGAUGAAGUGGAUGAAUUAGAAUCUACGUUUAUAAAUUGGAGGAGUCACUUAACUUCGUUAUUGAUCGGCUUUUUUAAUCUAAAUGACCAUGAUAGAAAUUACUUAAACAAGCAGUAUAAACGAAUAUACUCUUUAAAAUGUAUUAACUGGAAUGUCCCGCUUGUUUCGCACUUCGUGAAUAUGUUUAUAAAUAAGGCUCACGUUAUGGAAACGUUACCAUAUGAAAACGACAAUUAUUUCUAUGCUUCUGUCGUUAAAAAUCAAGAACUGUAUCAUGGGAGUUCACGUUCUUGUCGCCACAUUGAAUUGGAUGUGUCUGCUUCUCAACUUAGAUAUAAAACUGGUGAUCAUAUUGCAAUAUUUGCACCAAACCCUUUAGAUCUUGUCGAAAAAAUUGGUGAUCUCUUAAACAUUGAUUUGAAUGAAAUGAUUAGUUUAGAUGCUGUUGAUCCUUAUAGUUUAACAAAGCAUCCUUUCCCUUGCCCAUGUACCUAUCGUCAUGCAUUUAUGCACUUUGUUGAUAUUACUGGACCUCCUGGAAAGAGUUUAUUAUCCGCAUGUUUAGAUUCAGUCGCAAAUCCUGAAGAAUCACAGUUUGUUCAGCUUCUUAUUUCUGAUAGUGAAGAUGGAAAAAAAUUAUACUCAAAAUGGAUUUUAGAAGAUCAUCGUGGACUAGUCGAUUUGUUACAAGACUUAAAAUCAUUUCGACCACCAGCUCAUCUUUUGUUGGAAUUGUUGAACCCUUUGAAACCAAGAUUGUAUAGUAUAUCAUCAUCUUCGUUAGUUCAUACAAAUCGAAUACAUAUAACUGCUGCUAUAGUAAAUUACAAAACAAACUCAGGACGAAUAUUCAAAGGACUAGCUACUAACUGGUUGAAAUCCUUGCAGACAGCAGACACUCAGAGACACUUGAAAAUACCUGUCGCCAUUCAUACCAGUAAUUUUAACUUGCCGCGGAGUCGUAAAAUCCCAAUCAUUAUGAUAGCUUCUGGGACAGGACUGGCUCCAUUCCGUGCAUUUAUACAAGAGCGCUUAAAGAUGGCUCACGAUAAAGUUGGCAAGAAUGGACAGAUGGUAUUAUUUUUCGGUUGCCGGCAUGAAAAUGAAGAUUUUAUUUAUUCAGACGAAUUAAAACAAGCCUGUUCUACUGGCCUACUUGAAAUGUUUACUGCUUUCUCACGUGACUCUCCCGAUGGUAAUAAAGUUUAUGUUCAGCAUAAGAUGCUUGAGAUGGGUAACAUGGUGUGGAAACUUUUGGAUGAAUGUUAUGCGUAUAUUUAUGUAUGUGGGGAUGCCGCUGGUAUGGUGCGUGACAUGCAAUUGUAUUUAAUCGAAUUAGUAGUACAACAUUCCAAAUUAACAAGAGAAGCUGCAACCAGCUAUAUACUAAACCUACGAAAGCAAGGACGAUAUCGUACCGAUGUAUGGAAGUGAUUUUGAAUAAGCUUCUGAAUAAUAUGUGUGGUGUACCACAUUUUUCCAUGAACCUUUAUUGAUAACCUCUAAUUAAUAAAGUCUUGGUAAAAUAUCUAGAACAUUUAUUUUCAUAUAACUUGGGUGAAUUGUUUCAGAGCUUACAUCAGCUGUCACAAUCUGCAGAUUCCAGCUUGGGUAAAGCAAAUAAGACCUCCCACUUAUGAUUUUUUAUUGAAAUACACUUGUAACAGUAACGAUUUUUCGUCAGAUGUUCUUUACAAAUAUAUAUUCAAACAGAAACACAACGAGUCAUUCCUGUACUGUCAUUGAACUCAUCUUUUAGUAUACGUGUGUCAUAGGUUAUGAUCUGUGAGGAUUUCCCAAUAAAAGCAUAAUGGAAUGAUGAUUCUUUUUAAUUUUAAAAGAGAUAGUAGUGGUACUAUCAGGGUAUAUAUCGAAGAAAACCGUCGUCAUGAGCAACGCGAAAUGUUGAGGAGUAGUUGGAAAUGACGAAAAGACGAGGUUUUAUUAGUGUUAGUUCGCCCAGUCGUCACCUACUGCUAAUUCAAAUGGACACAAAAAUACAACGAUUGUAGGCGUCAUAUAAUGGCUGAAGGUAGAGAUAUCUUUACUCUUUAUGCUGUUACAAAUAAUGAAUUCCCUAAACUUAUCUUUCAACUUGUUUUUGUUUACACGU